AUGUACUCCUGCAACACCAGCACGUCUGGUCACUCUACCUUCCUCCUCACCGGCUUUCCAGGACUGGAAGCUUCGCAUCAUUGGGUUUCCAUCCCCAUUAACCUUAUCUGUGUGAUUUCCAUCCUGGGAAACAGUAUCAUCCUCUUCCUGAUCCGCACAGAUUCAGCCUUACAUGAACCCAUGUACAUCUUUCUGUCCAUGUUGGCGGCCUCUGAUCUAGGCCUUUGUGCCUCUACCUUCCCCACCAUGGUACGACUCUUCUGGCUGGGUGCUCGUGAGCUGCCCUUUGAUUUCUGUGCAGCCCAGAUGUUCUUCAUCCAUGCCUUCACCUACGUGGAAUCUGGAGUGCUGCUAGCUAUGGCUUUUGAUCGUUAUAUUGCUAUCCGGGAGCCUCUACACUAUGCCACGAUUCUUACCCAAUCAGCCAUGGCCAAAGCAGGGGUUGCCAUCCUGGUGAGGGCUGUCCUGCUCAACCUCCCAGGACCCAUCCUCUUGCGGCGUCUGUUCUUUCCCCAGAUCAGCGUGCUUUCUCAUUGCUAUUGCCUGCACUGUGACCUUGUGGGACUGGCCUGCUCAGACACCAAGGUCAACAGUCUGUUUGGCUUGAUCUCUAUCCUUCUUUCUUUGGGAUUGGACUCUUCUCUCAUCAUGCUCUCGUAUGCUCUGAUCCUGCGCACUGUGCUGAGCAUUGCAUCACCUGGUGAACGGCUCAAGGCACUCAACACUUGUGUCUCACACCUCUGCAUUGUUCUCAUCUUUUAUAUGCCCAAACUGGGGCUAUCUGUGUUGCACCGAGUAGAGAAACACAGCUACCCUGCACUGGCCGUGCUCAUGGCCAACCUGCACUUCUUGGUCCCACCCUUCAUGAAUCCCAUUGUCUACUGCAUCAAGUCUAAGCAGAUUCGUCAGGGGCUCCUAAAGCGCUUCCUGCAGAAAAGGGUUGAUGUCUCCUAG